CGAGGGUUUGUUUAAUUGCUCCGGUGUCUGAAUUUUGGCAGUGCAAGUAAGUUCGCUUCUACUGAUGGAGUUCGAGAAGCGAGCCGAGAAUCCAAAUCCAUGGACCAAAGCGAAUUUUGUAUCGAGGAUAUUUUUUUGGUGGUUGACGCCGUUAUUUUUGAAAGGAACUAAAGGCAAUUUAAAAUUAACCGACAUAUAUGACAGUCCAGAUGUCGACUCCUCUGAAAAAAUUGGAGAAACGAUGCAAAAAGAAUGGGAGAAAGAGCUUAAAAAGAUAAAGGAUGGCGAGCAUCCCAGCCUUUUUAAGGCUACCAUUCGGAGCUUUGGUUUCUUGUAUUGCUUAAAUGGAAUUUUUACACUGAUUGAAGAAUGUUUUAUCCACGUGUUGCAACCAAUACUUCUGGGGUAUUUAAUCAAACAUUUUGCAAGGAUGGAAGUCUUGGAGAAAGAGGACCUCAUCUUAUACACAGCUGGAGUAUGUCUGUUGGCCGCCAUGUUUGUCUUCACUCAUCACCGGUAUUUCUUUUGGGCUCAAAGGAUAGGGAUGAGGCUGCGAAUCGCCUGCUGCACGCUCGUAUAUCGAAAGGCUUUAAAACUCAGUCAGUCUGCUUUAGGGAAAACAACAGUUGGUCAGAUGGUGAAUUUGCUCUCUAAUGAUGUCAAUAGAUUUGAUCAGUCUGUGGUCUAUCUACCUUAUUUAGUUGCUGGACCAAUUCAAACCGCCAUCAUCAUCGGGGUCUUGUGGAUGUACAUUGACUUUGCAAGUUUAGCCGGUGUUUCUGUGCUUCUUUUGUACAUACCUUUCCAAGGAAUGAUGGGAAAAUUCUUCUCUAAGCUUAGACAAAAAACUGCCAUUUUAACUGAUGAAAGAAUUCGUCUCAUGAAUGAGAUCAUUGGUGGAAUGAGAGUCAUCAAAAUGUAUGGAUGGGAAAUUCCAUUCGCCAACCUUGUGGACUCAAUCAGAAGAAAAGAAGUGAAAAAGAUUCGUCGCACAGCUAUUCUUCGAGGUGCCAAUCUCGCCGUGUUCUUCAUCUCAUCCAAAAUCAUCUUGCUCAUCUCGUUCGUCGUCUUCGUCCUCGGCGUGAAGGGGGACCUCACGCCAGAAAAAGUGUUCGUCUGCAUGUCCCUGUUCAAUAACCUGCGACUGUCUAUGACGCUUUUCUUCCCCUAUGCCAUAGCACAGGGAGCGGAGUCCUUAAUAUCCCUCAAACGAAUCCAGAAAUUCCUCCUUCUUGAAGAGCAGCAGGAGACAUCCCACCUGGAUGUGUCUAAUCUGAGACCAAAAUUAAACCAAUGCGGAAUUUGGAUGCAAAACAUUGUGGCUGCAUGGAAUAAGGACGGAGAUGCUACAUUAAGGAACAUCACAUUAACUGUCAAACCCGGCGAAUUAUUAGCUGUGGUUGGACCUGUUGGAUGCGGAAAGACGUCGUUGUUGAUGUCCAUUCUUGGUGAGCUACCGAUUGUGUCUGGGGAAACAAGAGUCCGGGGCAAAGUGGCAUACGCUUCUCAGGAACCGUGGGUGUUCGGUGGCAGCGUGAAACAAAAUGUCAUUUUCGGCAGCGCCUUCGAGGAGAACAAAUACAAGACUGUUCUCAACGUAUGCGCACUGGACAAGGACAUUGAGCAAUUUCCUUACGGCGAUCAAACUGCUGUUGGAGAACGAGGAGUCAGCUUAAGUGGCGGACAGAAAGCUAGAGUUAAUUUAGCCAGAGCUAUGUACUUUGAUGCAGACAUCUUUCUUCUGGACGAUCCCUUGAGCGCUGUCGAUUCUUCAGUGUCCAAGCACCUUUUCGAGAAGUGCAUAAAUGGCUAUUUGAAAGAUAAAGUAAGGAUUCUAGCUACUCAUCAGAUUCAGUUUCUGAAAGGUGCUUCUCAAAUCUUGGUGUUAAAGGAGGGACGUUGCUUCGCAUUGGGAUCUUAUGAGAAGUUGAGCCAAUCAGGAGUGGAUUUAGGCUCUCUGAUGGAAGAUUACGAACAAGAACGUCGCCAAAGACUGGCUUCUAUGACAUCAACUGCGAGUAAUUUGUCCGUCAUUGAAGAAAUGUCCGAUCCAGCUACUGCGAUACCCCUGUACGAAUCAACGCUUUCAGUCUGCUCUUCUGUGUCGGCAACUUACAAUGAGGAUAAUGCCGAAGCAGCUGGAAAAGGUCCGAAAACAUCUGACGAAAUCAAAUCCUCUGGGUCUGUGAAGUUUGAAGUGUAUAAGGAAUACAUAAAAUCCGGCGCUGGACUGUUCCUUCGACUUCUCUUGUUCAUAUCGUAUCUUGGAACUCAAGCUUUGUUCAACGGGAGCGACUUCUGGCUUACGGGAUGGACAAACAAGGAACAAAGAAUCUACAACAUCAAAGAUUGUUGGGCAAAUGCGAACAAGACGUUCCUCAACGAGACUGGAUUGUACAAUGACACCUACGGGGUCGUCGACAGAGACCUGUUCCGGGAAACGGUGGCUAACGUCAGCGACAUUUGUUUCAACUUGACCGACAACUACCAGACUGACGUAUCGGACGCAAGGAAAAACGUGAACAUGGAAAUGAAUUUGUCUGUGUACGCAGGCCUCGUUUUGGCUGUAUUUGUGUGGUCUCUGUUGAGGACGACAGCAUUUUUCCAGAUGUGCAUGAAAGCUUCUAUCACUCUGCACAAUAAAAUGUUCCGAUGUGUUCUGCGAUCUCCAGUAUCAUUUUUCGACAAUAAUCCUGUUGGUAACAUUCUAAAUCGAGUUUCCAGAGAUUUGGGUUUCAUUGACGAUGUGAUACCGACUACAGCUGCUGACGUGCUUGAGAUCUUCUGCUCUUUGCUGGGUAUAAUAUGUGUCGUUGCCAUCGUGGAACCAUGGCUUCUUCUCCCAACAGCUAUUAUCAGCGUAUUAUUCGUCUUGUUACGAAGAUUCUACUUGCCGACAGCUAGAGAUGUCAAACGAUACGAAGGAAUAACUCGCAGUCCCGUCUUCUCACACUUGAGCACUUCUCUUUACGGACUGACCACCAUCCGUGCUUUCAAGGUCCAGCAUCCCUUCGAGUUGAGCUUUGACCAUUACCAAGAUCAACACACCGCAACCUGGUUCGCUUUCAUUUCCGUGACUCGCUGGCUUGGCAUCGUGCUGGAUUGGCUCUGCGUCCUCUACAUCACAUCCGUCACAGUCGCCAUGGUGAUACUUUCCGAAGAUCCUUCAUAUGCUAGCAAGGCCGGUUUGGCCAUAGCUUCAGCCCUUCAACUAAGCGGCAGCUUUCAAUGGGGUGUUCGACAAUCUGCUGAAGUAGAAAGUCAGAUGACAUCCGUGGAGCGUGUUAUUGAAUACAGUAAUUUAGACCCUGAGGCCGAACUGGAAAGUGAGAAAGACAAGAAACCUCCAAAAGGUUGGCCAAGCAAGGGAUACAUCGCUUACCAAGAUGUUAGUCUCAAGUACACACCGGACGAACCACCUGUUUUAAAGAAUCUCAAUUUUGAGAUAUAUCCUGAAGAAAAGAUUGGUAUUGUUGGAAGGACCGGAGCAGGAAAGAGUUCGAUGAUAGCUACUUUGUUCCGAAUGACAGAACCAGAUGGUGUAGUUAAAAUUGAUGGUGUCUGCACAAAAGAUAUUGGAUUGCACGAUUUACGCAAAAAAAUUUCCAUCAUUCCACAGGAUCCUGUUUUAUUUACGGGGCCAGUGCGAAGAAAUUUAGAUCCAUUCCAAGAACAUAACGAUGUUGAACUAUGGCAAGCCUUAGAUGAGGCCUAUCUGAAAGAAGCAAUCCAAGAUAUGCCCGCAGGGUUGGAUACCGAAAUUUCUGAAGGAGGAACUAAUUUUAGCGUCGGACAGAGGCAACUCAUAUGUCUUGCAAGAGCAAUUCUGAGGAGGAAUAGGAUUCUAGUAUUGGACGAAGCUACGGCAAAUGUUGAUCCCAAUACGGAUAGUUUGAUACAGCAAACUAUCCGAGUCCGUUUUGCACAUUGCACUGUCCUAACCAUUGCUCACAGGCUACAUACCAUCAUGGAUUCAGAUAGAGUUUUGGUUCUUGAUGCUGGUGAAGUGAAAGAAUUUGAUGAGCCAUAUACCUUGCUACAGAAUCGUAACAGCCUGUUUUCAAAUAUGGUACAAAUGACUGGUCCAGGAAUGGCACAGCAGCUUCGAGAAAUCGCCAGAACAGCACACCGAAAGAACAUGGAUAUCAAGAAAGAGUCAAAUGUCUUUGGUGGUUCUGGUAAUGAUAUAGUAGAAAUGAAUGGCUCAGGACCGUAUCCACGAACGAUAUCCAAUGGUGUUUCGCUUACUGUGCCGGACGGUGUCAUUAGUGAUGUAUAUGAAAAAACAGAGAUGACCUAUUUAUAGCCUUUUUGUGAUACACAGGACCAUUUUUCAUUUCGAUCUCAAAAACAGUUGUAUAGUAGGUAUAUUGCAACUUUCUUAAGAAUACUUGGGGAGUGGUAUUGGAAGUUGAAUAACUGUUAAUCCAAUAUUUAGCAGACAAAGGAUCAAAGCAGUGUACAUAAAUGUGUAGAUGUCCAUAUACAAUGUACAAAAUAAAUUUUUAUUUUUGAAA